AUGUUCCUGAACUUUUGUUCUGAAUCCGAUGGCUUUAAAGCGAUUAGUGAUCUGAGCGAUUUGUCUGACCAAGACGACAAGACGCCGAAGACAAUAUUCGGAACGUUUACAACACAUAUCCUGCUGAGAUUCAAGAAAUCUGGUUCUCCUUCGCUGCAAACGGCAAUGAACUACCUUAGCUGUUUAAAGGGUAUUUUUAUCAGAAUAUGCGAGACCGACAUAUUUAAUGACCUGCAUUGGUACCAGGUAAAAGUGCGUCGAAACACGACUUCAAAAUACGUGGCAUAUGCCCAGAAAGAAGGCAUUACGCUACAAAACACAGCGGACGAUAUCACUGACGAGAUAUUGCGACUGCUCUGUGAGCAAAUGGUGGAUUCCAAUUCCUGGAUCGGUAUAGAAAACCGAGCUCUGCUAAUUGUUCUUUGGCAUUUACUUGGCUGA